AAGGUAACGAAUAGUAGGCUAACUGUGGGCACAGGUGCAGUUCAUCGAAAUCACACUCACUUACAGGAUUAGUCUGUAACCACCACACCACACUAUUUACCAGAAAGUGAAGACAGCGUUUCUCGAGAAGCCAAACGAUGGCGCUGUGGCAGCAGCAGCACGAGUCUUCCGGGAUGCUGGAGGGCGAGCUGACAUGCGCCGUGUGCCUAGACUUGUUCAGCGACCCGCACCAGCUGCCCUGCGGCCACAGCUUCUGCCUGCCGUGUCUGCAGAACCUCCAGCGGGCCGGCAGGAGAGACAACAACGGCCGGGGCUCCCGAGCCUCUUCCUCAUCUUCAUCCUCUUCUUCCACUUUGCUACGUGGUCGGGUCUGCUGUCCCGAGUGCCGCCGCCACACCCAUCCCAACACGGUCGUCCGGCGCAACUUCAAGCUGGCCAACAUCGCCGACCACUACCGGCAGAGAAGGGAACAGCAGGAGCAAGAUGAGGACCAGGAACACAAUGGAGGAGCCAACCUGCAGGGGCUCUUGGGAGAGCAUGAGCGCGAGAGUGGAGAUGGUGGUGAGAGUGCAAGGCCAGGGGCACGUUGCGACUUUUGCCCCCCACCGGCAGAGACCGCAGGCGACUGGUCGAGUGGCCCAAGCAUAGGCGUAUACGCGUCGUUACCCUCUUCAUCACAACACUCCACCUCCUCUGCCAGAGGUCGCCCCAUACCUGAGGGUGGUGAUGGUGGUCGGGACUCCUUCAACCCUUCCUCCUCCUCCUCCUCUGUCUCCUCUUCCUGCUCCUCAGCCGUUGGCGCCACGCCGCCGGGCCUGGCCGUCAGGACGUGUCUGAAGUGUGAGGUGUCCAUGUGCGCCGAGCACCUGCGGCCGCACCUGGAGCUGCCGGCGUUCCGCGACCACCUGCUGGUGGAGCCCCACCGCGCCCCCGGCCGCCCGCACCCCGGCCUGCGCCGCUGCCCGCAGCACGGCCUCCCCCUGCGCCACUACUGCCAGAAGGACCGCAUGUGCCUGUGCGGCGCCUGCCUGGGGGGCGAGCACAGCCACCACACCAUCAGGCCGCUGGAUGCUGUCCUGAAGGACACAAAGGCUUCUGUGCAAAGGAAUCUCCAGACUGUGGCCAGAAAGAUUAACAAGGUUGAAAAGACACUGCAGGAUUAUCAUGAGCAAACGCAAAAGAACAAGGCCUUCCAAGACGACGUUGACUUCCGCGUGAGUGAGCUGGGGAAUGCGCUGCAAGGACAGAUAGCCAGCCUGCUAACGGUCCUGCGCGAGACCACCCGCAGCUUUUGUGGCACUACCACCCCCCAUGGGAACACGCACUCACUUGCUCACCAUGGAGACGGUGCUGAGAGUUCUGCUGGGAAUGCUCAACACGACCAGCAGGGGGAGACUCUGGCCUGGAUCCACCGCGAGGAGUCACAACUGAUGGACAUCAGGCGUGACCUGCUCAUCCUGGCCAAUGAGAGUGACCCUGUUGCUUUCCUCAAGGAGUAUGACUCUACUGGAAACAGGAUUCAACGGCUCCUGAGGCGGCCGUUGUUCUCCGGACACUUCGGCGUAGACCGGCUGGCCCUGGCCUCCAACAUGGAGGUCAAGAUGGUGGACUUCAUGAACGUCCUGCAGCGACACGGCCAAGGACUCAUCGAUGCCAUCUAUGCGAUGCACUAUGAAGAGCAACUGGAAAAUGAACCAGAUGGAGCUGCUGAGGAAGAGCAAGAGGAAGAGGAGUUUGAAGUACAGGAAAUGGGUGACGAAGAGCAAGCCGAGGAAUACCUUCCCGGACAGGAGGAAGACGACGGGGACAACAAUUGGUCAACUGAUGAUCUGUACGAGUUAGAAGAGGAGGAUGGUGAGGGCGUAGAGGAGGAGGAGGAGGAAGAUGAGGAAGAGGAGGAGGAGGAGGGGGACAUGGAGGAGCAGGAGGAGUUAGAAGAGGAAGAGGGGGAGGAGGAGGGGGACAUGGAGGAGCAGGAGGAGUUAGAAGAGGAAGAGGGGGAGGAGGAAGAGAAUUUGACAGAUGAUAUGAGGCCACAUUUAUUGUACACUGUGCAGGAGGAUGAUGACGAGGGGGACGAUGAGGGUGACGGUACUUUGAUCAUUAAUUUGAGAUUUCGGUCCUGACCUGCAUGAAGGGUAAAACUUGAGUUUAUUUGAGAUAAAAAAAAAAAAACAUUUCUAAAUCUAUGGUGAACUAUUUCUGUAUUUUCUAAAUAAGUGUGAAUAGUUAUCUAUUUAUGUUUGUUGCUUUUCUGAAUCACAAUAAUAAAAUAAUAUGCACCUUGCA